AUCAGAACACUUCAUUUGGUGGAAAAAAGAACUCGCAACAAUCGAUCUUCAACAAAAUUCACUAAACGUAGAAAUCCAUCUUACCACUACCUAGAAACAAGGUCGGCAGAAUAUCUAGUAUCAUCGGCAAACAGCUUCGGACUAAUGGACGGCGAACUCAAUUACUACAUUUUAAAAUACUACGGAAACUCGUUGAAUUCCGAUCGUACAACCAGCUUACAAGAAGAUUGGUGUGGCGAACAGAAUGUAGGAACCUACCUACUGGUGGACGUGGAUGAAUUAGCACAAAAAGUCAAAGGAUCGGUUAAGAUCAGAAAAAUGUUCCAUGGUAUAUUGCCCAUUGUCCAACGAUGCGGAUAUCGAAAAUUAGAUAGAGGUGAUGAUAUUGUGUAUCGAUGUACUUGGGCGUUAUUGACUUCUAUUCGUAAGCAUAAUACGACGUUGCGUCGACCAGAAGAUAGGAUUAAUAAUGUUAUCUGCGCAAGAUUUGGGCGAGUUCCGGAAGAAGGGUGUGUUAAACAGAUGAUAUUGGCUAUUAAGCAUUUUCUUGAGGCUCCGGUAAAUGUUGGCAGGAAUAAGCGUAACGAUAAAGAUCUUGAGAAUACUAUGAGCCUUCGAGUCAAUUUUACAACACAUUCAAAAGAGCUUCGUUCUACCUAUGAAGCAGUGCUCAAUGGCGAUGCGGAAAUUGAUUGGGUUUUGUAUGGUUAUGAUAAAGGAACAAAUGAACUGAAAGUAUUAAAUAAAGGAGAUGGGGGCUUAGAAGAGCUCGAAGACGAAUUUAAUGAUGGGAAAAUUCAAUUCGCAUUUGUUCGAGUUAAAGAUCCGAAUACUGAGCUGCCAAAAUUUGUGCUAAUUGGUUGGGUAAAGUACCAUGUUCCUCAUGUGCGAUUAUCUCGAUGCGGUGAUGGUGUACCGGAAACGAAAAAAGGCUUGUUUAAUUCGCAUUUUAACGAAGUCUCGAAUUUUUUGAAGGGUUAUCAUCUUCAAAUUAAUGCGCGUACCGAGACUGAUGUUGAUCCCGCAUAUAUAAUGAAAAGAAUCAACGAAAGCAGCGGAUCAAAGUACUCUAUUCAUAAAGAACCACCACGAAAAGCUGAACCUAUUCUCCCUGUGCGAUCAGUCUAUGAACCAGUCAAAAUACCGGAUAUAGCAGCGAUGCAAAGGGCAGCUGCUUCUUCUGAAGAUCGUAUAAAGCCAGUGGGUUCAGUGUAUCAACCAGUACACUUAAAUCCGAAGCCAUUGGGUACACGUUCAACAUGGACUAAACAAUCUGAUGAAAACACACCUUCUCCUGCGGAAAUACCACAAAGAGCAGAAAGGAAACGUGAAAGGGAACAAGAAGAACGCAUAAAACAAUUACGUAAAGAGGAGGAAGAACAUCGAAAAGCUGAAGAGGAAGAGCUGGCUCGAAGAAACGAAGAAGAAAGAAUUAGGAAAGCACAAGAAGAACGAGAAAAAUUGGCAGAAGCGGCGCGUAUACGUAAAUUAGAGAUAGAAAAGGAAGAACAAUUACAGAGAGAGGAAGAGUUACGUCAGGUCGAAGAAGAGCAGCAGCAACUGGAACAAGAACUUGCACAAACGGCUGAAUUAGCCGCCGACACUGCUGAUUUGGUUGCUGCUGAUGCCAUAAUCGACGAGAAGAAUGAAAUGUCAUUAGUAGAAGGGGAAGUAAUCACUAAUAUAGUACAACUUGACGAUGGAUGGUGGGAAGGUGUGAGCGAAGAUGGAAGCAAAAGAGGAUUGUUUCCUGCAAAUUAUGUGGAAUUGAUAGCAAGUCCGCAGCAACAUCCUAUUGCUACUCCACAGUCGGCUGGUCGGACGGCCAUUGCUCUAUAUGAUUAUACGGCAGGCGAGGAAAAUGAAAUCUCAUUUACAGAGGGUGCAUUAAUCACCCAUAUUAAUUUUGAUUCAGAUGAUUGGUGGACCGGCACUAAUCCUGAAGGAAUAAAAGGAUUAUUUCCGGGUAAAGUAUAG